AUGAGGUGUAAGCAACACUACACCGAUCUCAGUAGCAUCGUCGGCGUCUGCGCUUCUUGUCUCCGUCAACGCCUCUUUUCGCUCAUCGCCGCUCAGUCACAAUUACAAUCACAAUCUCAAACCCUAGAAGAUAAGAUACAGAAUUCCGAUACACAUCCGCCUUUUCCUCGCUCGGUUUCUCCGUAUAUCACUCGCCGCAAAUCCGAUUAUUCCGUUAAUAACUCAACUGUAUGUGUACCUGAUCACCGAUUUUUUAGCACUCCACAGGAGAAGAAGAAGAAGAAGAAACAGCAUAGUUUUAUCAGGCUUUCGUUGAUAACGAAUUUAUUUCGAUCCAAAAAACGAAGCGAGUACUUGGAUCCGGAUCCGAAUUCCGAUCCUAGGGUUUCAGCUUCGGUUUUGAAUUCUAGAGAAACGGCCACGUCAGCAAUGUCUUCGCCGGCGUGGUUUACAAACAUUAGGUCCAGUACUAAUCAGAAGAAACAGCCGGUCGCUGGAGGUGACGUCAUGCGGAAGCUCUACUAUCCGGAUCGAGGCAUGUCGCCGGCGAGACACUCCGAUUGCGGCGGUGCAGAAGACGAAUUAUACGACGGAUGCAGUGGUUACGAAUCGAGCGACUCACGAAAACAAACGCCGUGGAGAACGCCGGCGCAUCCGUUGGGACGGCGAGCCGGCGCCGGCAGUGUAUCUGGUUUGAAUUUCUGCUUAAGUCCGUUAGUUAGAGCUAGUCCUUGCCGGUUAUGGGGCCAGAAAGGAAUUCCGGUAGUGGCGGUGGACGGCGGAGAUAUGAGAUCUCCGGUGAAGCCUCAUCUGGCUAGCACGAAAUCAUUCUGUGCUAAUAGAUCACGGAAACUUGCUGAUUUUGGAAGAUUUGACGCCAACCGUUGA